AUGUACCCCAGAGCCUUGAUCCUAUCUCUUUUCAUCUCUCUGGGCUUCGCCCUUCCUAUCUUCCCCGUGGCCCGCCCCUACAUCCCAAGCAGUCUUGGGGCUCUCGGCCCCAUCGCCAGGGUCGUCACCGAAGCCGAGAAUGAAGUUCUCACGGCCCCCAUUCCCAAAACAUGGAUGCACACACACGGUUUCUCAAAGCCCGAGAAGCCCGAGGCAAAGAAGCGAUCCACGGUUGGAGAUUGCCCAGAGGGCGUUGCGUGUGCCGGUCUCAUCAAGGAUGUGAUUCACAAGAUGGAUGAGGUUCUGGAGGAGGCCAAGGAGCAAAUUGGCAAAGGACUUGAUGAGGCCAAGAAGCAGAUUGACGAGGAACUUGGCGAUAAUUAUCAGCCAAAACUUGAGAGCAGGAUGGUGGUAGACUGGGUGCCGUAG